AUGAAGAUACAUCCCCAGACCAUUUCUAUCUUCCUCCUUCCAGCCCUGUUAGCUACAGGACUUUGCCUUCAGUGCGAACGCUGCAAAAGUGCCACCCGCUCUUGUACUGGACCCCUGCAGACUUGCAGAGACGUCGAAAAUGCCUGUCUCACUCUCACAACAGAGACUAGAAUAGGCAAAGUGGUCAAAGUGGCUACCUAUAAAGGAUGUACCAAGCUGCGGUAUUGCCCUCUGGGUCCCUUCACCAUCACCACUGACCUGGAGGGACGCAUACGAAGCAAUUCGGAAUGCUGCUGUUCAGAUCACUGCAACAAGGGAGGUUUGAGAUUGCCAGUAAUGGGUAAACCGAACCACAGAUGGUGUCCUGGACACAAUUCAAAGGGCUCCAAGUGCAGCCUUGAUGAUAAACUUCAUUGCCACGGUCGGGAAGUCAACUGUUUCUAUCUUGCUGGAUUCACCGAAGCAGGUGGCAAGAACAAGACUUAUGUCAGACAAGGUUGUGGGACCAAACAUACUUGUAUAGAUCAGCUGGGCAUUUUUGGCAUCCCAGAGUUAUUUCUUGAGACAGUGACACAGUCGGAGUGCAGUGAGGCUACCUAA